AUGAGGUGGGGGCAGCCACCCUGGGCAGUGGGCAUCAGGAAAUGGGCUCUGCUCAUUUCCAUCUUUACCUCUUCUUUCCUUUCUACAGCUCCUGCUCAGGCCCAAAUCAUCCAUGCUGGGCAAGCAUGCGUGGUGAAGGAAGACAACAUCAGUGAACGCGUUUACACAAUUCGUGAGGGGGACACGCUGGUCCUGCAGUGCCUGGUCACAGGACACCCCCGGCCACAGGUGAGAUGGACCAAAACUGCUGGCAGCGCGUCGGACAAAUUCCAAGAGACGUCAGUGCUUAACGAGACCCUUCGGAUUGAGAAGAUCCAAAGGCUGCAGGGGGGCCGCUAUUACUGUAAAGCAGAAAAUGGGGUUGGGGUCCCUGCCAUCAAGUCCAUUCGAGUAGAUGUGCAGUAUCUGGAUGAGCCUGUUCUCACCGUUCACCAGACCAUCAGUGAUGUGCGGGGCAGCUUCUACCAGGAGAAGACCGUCUUCCUACGCUGCACGGUCAACUCCAACCCGCCCGCUCGCUUCAUCUGGAAACGGGGAGCUGAGACACUUUCUCACAAUCAGGACAAUGGGGUGGACAUCUACGAGCCCCUUUACACACAGGGUGAAACCAAAGUCCUGAAGCUGAAGAACCUUCGACCUCAGGAUUAUGCCAGCUACACGUGCCAGGUGUCUGUCCGCAAUGUCUGCAGUAUUCCUGACAAAUCCAUCACCUUCCAGCUCACAAACACCACAGCCCCACCUGCUCUGAAGCUGUCUGUCAAUGAGACGCUGGUGGUCAACCCUGGUGACAACAUCACCAUGCAGUGCUCUCUGACGGGCGGUGACCCACAGCCAGAAGUGCUUUGGUCCCACUCUCCUGGCCCCAUGCCUCCCAACAGCCUCGUGCAAGGAGGCAACCUCACCAUCUGGAGGAUCCGUGUGGAGGACUCAGGCUACUACAACUGCACGGCCAUCAACAACGUGGGCAACCCGGCAAAGAAGAUUGUGAACCUGCUGGUGCGGUCCAUGAAGAAUGCCACAUUCCAAAUCACUCCUGAUGUGAUCAAAGAGAGUGAGACCAUCCAGUUAGGCCAGGACUUGAAGCUCUCAUGCCAUGUAGAUGCUGUGCCCCAGGAGAAGGUUGUCUACUCAUGGUACAAGAAUGGAAAACCAGCCAGGUUCUCAGACCGGCUGCUCAUCACCCGCAAUGACCCCGAGCUCCCACCUGUGACGUGCAGCUUGGAGAUUAUUGACCUGAGAUUCAGUGACUAUGGCACCUACCUGUGCGUGGCUACCUUCCAGGGAGCACCCAUUCCUGACCUCAGUGUGGAGGUGAACAUCUCCUCAGAGACAGUGCCACCAACAAUAAGUGUCCCCAAGGGUCAGUCUGCCAUCACUGUGCGGGAAGGCUCCAGGGCCGAGCUGCAGUGCGAGGUUCGAGGAAAGCCCAAGCCACCCAUCCUCUGGUCCCGGGUGGACAAGGAAACCCCCAUGCCUUCAGGGACAAUGACAAUGGAGACCUACGAUGGGAAGCUGCACCUGGAGAGCGUGAGCCGAGAAAUGAGUGGGACCUAUAAGUGUCAGACAGCCAGGUACAAUGGAUUUAACAUCAGACCCCGGGAAGCCCUGGUGCAGCUCAACGUGCAGUUCCCGCCCGUGGUGGAGCCGGCCUUCCAGGACGUGCGGCAGGGCAUGGGGCACGGCGUCACGCUGCGCUGCACCAUGCUCAAGGGCAGCCCCAUGAAGGUGGCCACCUCCGUCUGGCGCUUCAACGGGAGCCUCCUGGCGCAGCCCCUGGCAGAGCAGCAGGACUACUCGGAGCUCAGGGUGGACAGCGUCAGCCGGGAGACCAGCGGGAACUACGAGUGCAGCAUCUCCAACGACGUGGGGGUCUCCACCUGCCUCUUCCAGGUGUCUGCAAAAGCUUAUAGCCCAGAGUUUUACUAUGACACUCCCAACCCCACCUUGAGCCAGAGGCAAUCCAAGAAUUAUUCUUACGUCUUGCAGUGGACCCAGAAGGAGCCUGAUGCUGUGGAUCCCAUCCUCAAGUACCGCCUGGAAGUCCGGCAGCUGUCUCAGAGAAACACCAUCCAGACCUUCAUUCCUGUGAAGAAAAUGGAGAAAGGCCUGCUGCUGGAGCACAUCUUGCCCAACCUGAAAGUGCCUCAGAGCUAUGAAGUUCGCCUGACGCCCAUCACCAGCUUUGGGGCCGGAGACAUGGCCGCCCGCAUCAUCCGGUACAUGGAACCAAUCAACUAUCCCAACCCAACAGAUAACACGUGCCGCUUUGAGGACGAGAAGAUCUGCGGCUUCGUGCAGGACAAGAUGGACAACUUUGACUGGACGCGGCAGAACGCGCUGACACAGAACCCCAAGCGCACCGUCAACACGGGGCCCCCCACGGACAUCAGCGGCACGCCCGAGGGUUAUUACAUGUUCAUUGAGGCGUCUCGGCCCCGGGUGACAGGAGACAAAGCCCGGCUCAUCAGCCCCCUGUACAACAUCACUGCCAAGUAUUACUGCGUCUCCUUCUACUACCACAUGUACGGGAAGCACAUUGGCUCCCUGAACCUGCUGGUUCGCGUGCGGAACAAGCGAGCCAUCGACACCCAGGUCUGGUCCCUCAGUGGCAAUCGGGGCAACGUGUGGCAGCAAGCACAUGUGCCCAUCAACCCCCCUGGGCCCUUCCAGAUCAUCUUUGAAGGUGUCCGGGGCACCAGCUACGAGGGGGACAUUGCCAUCGAUGACGUCACUCUGAAAAAGGGAGACUGCCCAAGGAAGCCAAUUGGACCGAAUAAGGCUGUUGCUCUUCCAGGAAGCGGUGUCCCAGCCCUGCACAGCCCUUGGCUUUGUGGCCCAUUGACUUUCUUCCUUUACGUGCUGCUCAGAUGAUGGCAAGCGAGCGCUCCUGUCUUCGGACCAAGACAUUCCUGCUCCUUUCCUACUCAGCCACCUCUUCUCCUUCCUCCCCUCCUCACUGGCACACCAAAGUGUCCAUAUGUUACCAAAGACUGACAGGCAUGACCAUGCAAAGGGAUCUGGUUCAGAACUGGAGCACUCCUUGAGAAAGUUAUAAUGUCUAGAACAAAAUUUAAAAAUAAAGACAAAACUUUUUUUUAAAAGCACGUGCACGAGAGAGAGUGAGAGAGAGAGAGAGAGGAAGGAAAGAAACACACAUGGAGAAAAGAAGGAACGAAACACAAAAAAA